AUGAUGGAAUGUCACACCAAGUUGAGAAAGCAUGAAAACAGAGAGAUUGUGGGUCCAACUCUUUACAAAAGUUUGGCUGGAAGUCUACGUUACUUGACAAGUACAAUACCAGAUAUUCUCUAUGUUGCAGGAGUCGUAAGUCGCUACAUGAAAGCUCCAACAAUAAUUCACUUCAAGGUGGCAAAGAGAAUCCUUUGGUACAUCAAAGGUACAAUAAACUUUGGCUUGCACUAUUCUUCUUCUAACAAUUAUGAGAUUAUUGGCUAUAGUGAUAACGAUUUGAGUGGAGACUUGAAUGAUAGGAACAUUAUUGGUUUUGUGUUCUUUAUAGGAGAUGUUGCUUUCACUUGGAUGUUAAAGAAGAAACUAAUAGUCACAUUGUCAACCUGUGAAGCCGAGUAUGACGCCGCCACUUCAUCCGUCUUUCUUGCAAUUUGGUUAAGGAACUUAUUGAAAGAGUUAAAAAUGCCAUAA